AUCCCGGCUCGAGGCUCCGGCGUCUUUGCCUCUUGCUCCUUCCUUUUCCUUGCGUUUCCUCUUGAACAUUACGAGGUCGUUUGGCACCAUGGAUGGCCUUGACCUCAACACGCACCAGCUGAUCCUCAAUGAUCUGGCACUCAACCUUGCCGAGGGCGCCGCUUCGGGCCACCUCUCGGCCAAGGACGUGGCCCUCUUUGGCUCGGGCGCCUCGACGAGCGCAAAGACGUCCAAGACUGGCAAAGUCCUGACGGCAUCGGCAGUCAAGACGCAGAUCGCUCUGGCCCUCUUUGCCUCGUCGAUCUCGUCGGCUUCUCGCUCCUCGGCCGACGUGCACGACGAGGCAGUCGACGAGCACCUCACCCCUGUCCUCAACGAUGUGCUCAAUGCCGCCAACGAGCUCGUCUCCGUCGACAUCGAGGAGCACCUCGCCAACUCAGACUGGCCCCUUGCCGACCAGCUUGCCUUUGCCAUUACGUCGAGCCUCGUGCGCAUCGCCAAGAAUGCCCCCCAGCAUCGCUCUCGCUGCCUCACCGCCGUCGUCGGCCUCGGCGACCGCCUGGCCCAGGUGCUGAGCGCACAGAGCGGCGACGCACACGCCGUGGCCACGCGCAUCACGCCCCUCUUCCACGGCUACUACCGCGCCCUGGGCAGCAUCGCCUUUCCCUGGUCCAUUGCUGAGUUUGCGCAGCUGGCUACCGCCCUCAACCCGCUUGGCUCGACCUCGCAGACGGUUCGCCGUCUCAACGAGGCCCUCCUGGUCCUGCCUGAACAAGCCGCUGCCCUGGCUCAGGCCGACCGCGCGACGCGACGCAAGGCCAAGAAGCCCACGGUGCGACCGCGCGACGACGACGACGAUGACGAUGCCCGCUCCGUUGGCAGCGUCGACACCUUUUUCUCGGGCGACGAGGACGUCGAGGACCAGCAAGACGAAGGCAACGCUCGCCUGGGAGGAUUCACCCACACGGGCGACGAAGACGCAUACGACUACCGCCUCGCGGUGCUGACGCACUACCGCCGCGCCGGCCGUCCGCUCUCGGGCCACUUUGUUCUCUGCGCUGCCAUCGAGGCCCUCAGUUCGGUCCUGUCGCAGGCCCUGGCCGUCAUGGCCAAACCGCCGAUCAAGAACUUUGCCGACUACCAGAAGCUGGCCUUGGACCAGGACUACAUCGACCCAGCCCGGGUCAGCAACGCCGAGCGCUUCGACCUCGCCGUCGACGAGGAGAAAGACGAAGCCAUUGGCCUCGAGCCGGUGCGCAAGGCAUGGAAGUCCCUCUUGCGCUAUCCGGUCAAGGCUGGUGAAGAUGCGCACGCCAACGGCACCGCCAACGGCAUUGCCAACGGCACGGCGGCGCAGACGACAUCCUCGUCUCGCUUCCUCUCUGCCAUCCCAGGCAUUGGCGGCAACAACUCGGCCGCAUUUGGCACCGACUCAGGCUCGCCGACGCCUGCCAGCCUCCGGUCCGGCCUCUCGUCGGCUGUCCAUCUGGCCAGCCGCGCGUACCACGACCUGCAGCGCUUCGUGGAAAACGAAGGGGCGAAGCGUGGCGAGCUCUUCGUCGACGUCUACGUCCUCGAGAUUCUCAGCGAGUCGCUCAAGCUCGGCGCCCUCGCCUCGGUGGCCCAGUCCCAGGCUACGGGCUCGCCGAUCGAGAGCCACACGCUGGUGCGCAUCCGCUCCCUCCUCAGCGAUGCCGCCAUCGUGUAUGAGCCGCUGCUCCAGGGCGCGGCGCUGCAGAGCGCCAGCCUCCUCGUGCGCAACUACCCAAAGAUUGCCAUGGUCAUGACGACGCAGCUCCGUCGCUUCGUCACUGCGCCCCUCGCCAUGUUCUCCAUCGUCGAGCCCCACGGCGGUCUUGCGCCCUCGCCCGUCCUCGCCUCGGCAGCAAAGUGCCUGGCCACGUGCACCAGCCUCGCGCCUGGCGACGACCUCGUCGUGUCGACGAUGUACACGCUCCUCAACUACCUCGGCAAGGACACGAGCACCGGCGGCUUCGGCGCUGGCGGCCUUGCUGGUGGUGCCAUGUCCGUCCGCAGCGGCGUCUCGCGCGCCGUGACGGGACGGGACUUUAUGAGCAUGAAGCCGUCCAACACCCAGGCCCUCUUUGCCUCGAGGAGCGACGACCAGAAGCGCGUCAUCCAUGCCAACACCAUUGCCAUUGUCGCCCAGCUGGCCCUCGAGGUGGGCAAGCCCGAGGUGAUUGCGCUGGCCAUCUCCAUGCUCCUCCAGCGCCUCCGCACCGCCGACGACAUUGGCGAGGCGGCCAUCCUCAACAACGUCGUGCCCCUCGCCCUGGCUGCUCCCCGCCAGUCGUAUGUCGAUGUCAUCCGUGCCUUUAGCAACGUCUCUCGCUCGGCCCUAACCGGUGGCGCAGGCAGACGAGCCGACUCGUCGGUCCAGGUGGCUCAGCUUAAGCUCGCGAGGGGCCUCGGAAGGCUCGACGAAGGCCAGGGGGUCGCUUUGGAGAAGAAGCAGCAGCAGCAGCAGGCCCAAACCUCAGAUGGCCAGGACGCCGACACCGACGACCGGAUCAGCGGCCGCAAGGAGCUGUUCGUCGUCGAGCUGCUGCAGCUCUUUGUCGAAAAGGGCACCCAGCUCGAGGGAUCCACGGCGUCCAAGGUUGUCAGCUCCGAGGAAAAGGCAGAGCUGCUCGCCGAUCUCCAGGGCCUGUUGCCGCCCCUGGCUGCGCUACUGUCGCACAAGGACAUCAACCCGCAGCUGAACCCAACACUGGAGAUGGUCUCCCUCUUCCGCAACAUGUGGUUCCUCGCCGUCAUCUUUGGCCUGGCCAAGCCCCAGAACAAGGCGCGCAUCCGCAACAGCCCUUCGAAUGCGACGGACACGAGCCACAUCACCGAGGCUCUCGGCAUCAUCUCGCUCAAGACGCCCACCCUCGUCCCCGAGACGGCCGUCAACUACAUCGAGAGCGAGCUCAAGUUCAACUCGGUCCUCCGCCGCGAGUUUUCCUCGUCGGCACUCGAGGGACAGCGCAAGAGCCUGGCGACGCUCAUCCCCAGCCAUGCAAGCGAGGUGCGCUCGUUUGGCUUCCCCCAAGUCACCUUCCUCAACACCAUCUACAGCCUCGAGUGCACGCGCAGCAGCAUGGGCAUGCCCUCGAUGGUCCUCUGGUACUUUGUCAACGAGGGCCUCAACAACAGCUCCCUCGUCGGCUCCAUGGAAGCCAUUGCCGACAAGGUCAUUGCCUCGUACAUGGAGGAUCUCUCCUACCAGGUCAACGACCACUCGCUCGACCCGCGUGUCACGAUGGAGGUCAGGAACCUCGUCCUCGGCAGCUGCCACCGCGUGGAAAAGGUUCGGACCGUGUCGAGGCGCUUCCUCGACCGCCUCAUCAACGCCUACCCUUCGCUGCUCUGCGACCAAGACCUGGUCGUGACAAUGCUCGAGAUGCUCACCCUCCUCCGUCAGGGCUGCGAGGGCCAGUACCGCGACGAGUAUGCGCCCGUGUACCACUUCAAGUCCGAAAAGGCCGACGUCGCCUUUGUCCUCUCGGACUCGUAUGCGCAGCGAAACGAGAUUCUCUCGUCGUUCCUCCAGCGCACGCGAAAUUACAUGGGCCUGCUGCUCGCCCGCGCUCCCGUCGAGCUUCAGGGCAUCCUGCAGCGCUACCUGGGCACCUUUGACGACGCCCUCCUUCCCGGCACAGCCGAAUUGGGCAAGAGCGUUGCCCUGGAGGUCGCUCGCGCCCUGCCUACUCAGGGCGGUCAGGAGGGCUUCCUCCCCGAGCUCGGCGGCUGGCGUGCCGAUUCCUCGAGCGCCUUUGUGGGCGAGCUGUCGGCCAAGAGCACCUACCUGGGCGAAAUGACGGGCACCCACCUCGCCCUCACAAAGGGCCUCGUCGAGCUGCAGCAGGACCCCAUCAGCAACUUUUCCGACAAGAGCGUGGCCGACUGCAAGAAGCAGCUUGCCCGCGUCUCUGCCGACCUCGCCGACCCUCACGCCAGGCCGCUUCCCUUUGCCGAGCUCAGGAGGCUGCUCUACCGCUCUGCGGCCCUCGCCGUAGCGCUGCCAGACGUGCACUACGAUCUCCUCCACUACCUCGUCUCGAUUCCCAUUCGCGUCUUUACCCCUGCCGCCAUCACGACGGCGAGCCACGUCUGGACGUGGGUCAUUGGCGAGCGACCCCUCUUUGAGACCAAGAUCAUGGUCGAGAUCUCUCUCGGGUGGGCCACCACGAUCAAGGGGCGCAAGGGUCUCUUCUCGCCCAGCAUGACCAACGAGCAUCCUCUGCUUCGCAAGACGGAGAUGUCGCCUACGGACCGUGUCGAGAUGAACCGGGAGCGAGAGCGCGCCCAGCGACUCUUCUCGCCUCACCUCACCCUCAUCCAGCUCGUCUCCAGCCGCUUCCAGGCUUUCCGCUACCGCGAUCCGUCCAUGGUUCUCGCUCUUGUCCGCCUGAUCCAGCGUUCAGCCAUUGCGACGGACAAGAUGAGCACUCACCCGCUCUCGAGGGAGGUCCGCUUCGCCCUCAUCGUCUUUGGCUUCCGAGUCAUUCAGAGCAGCCGCCUGGAUGGCCUCGUCGAGUACCAGCUUCGCCUGGCCCUGUACAAGGUCGCGUUUGCCUGGUUCGAAACGACACCCCAGUGGUCCUUUGGCAGCAACCGACUCCAGGUGGCGGCCGAGAUGCAGCUGAUGCGCGAGCUCCUCGACGUCCUCAAGGCCGACACGUUCAAGGCCCAGUAUGCCAUCACGUCUUUCCCGCCCAGCAUGGAGGGCGUGCGUAUGCCUGGUCACCAGACCGUGCCACAGGCCGUCGAUUCCUUUGCGGGCCGCCGUGCGCUGCUGCAGCUUCUCGUCGAAGACGAGCUAUCUCGAUUCAGCGUGUGGAACAACCCGAUCAACGAGCCCAGCCGCGGCCAGGACUACAACGGCGAGCUGACGCGCACCAUCAACGACACCAAGUGGGCCGACAUGAUCCGCCUGGCCUGGCGCAUCAACGCGACCGUGGCCGUCCAGAUGACGCGCCGCUUCAAGGCGCAUGCCGCUCGUCGCGAGGCCGGUCGGCUCGUUCGUGCGCAGCCCUACAAGGUCGUUGACUGCCCCGAGGCCUUUGAGCUGCUGGCUGAGGAGCACAUGUCACUCUGCACCAAGGAGGGCACUGACCUCAAGUGGCUGCACUACUGGGCUGCCAUCACGCCCGUCCAGGCCGUCGAGCUCUUCCAAAAGGAGUAUGGCAACAGCGCCAUGCUGCUCCAGUACGCCAUGGGCGCCCUCGAGCACCACCCCGUCGAGCUCACCUUCUUCUACAUUCCGCAAAUCGUCCAGGCGCUCCGAGACGACGAGUAUGGCUAUGUGGAGCAGUUCAUCUUUGAGACGUCCAAGAUCUCGCAGCUCUUCUGCCACCAGAUCAUCUGGAACAUGAAGGCCAACUCGUACAAGGACGACGAUGCCGAGGUGCCCGACCCGAUGAAGCCGACGCUGGAUCGCAUGGUCGAUCUCAUCGUCGCUGCCUUGUCGGGCGAGGCGCAGGACUUUUACGACCGCGAAUUUGGCUUCUUCAACGAGGUCACAUCCAUCUCGGGCAAGCUCAAGCCGUACAUCAAGAAGAGCAAGGCCGAGAAGAAGGCCAAGAUCGAUGAGGAGAUGGCCAAGAUCAAAGUCGACCCGGGCGUCUACCUGCCCUCGAACCCCGACGGUGUCGUGGUGGAUCUGGCCCGCAAGUCAGGUCGGCCGCUGCAGUCGCACGCCAAGGCGCCGUUCAUGGCUACCUUCAAGGUGCACCGCGACGUCAAGAGCGACGAAGAUGGCGACGCCGAAGAGCCUGCAGACGGCAAGGUCGACUCAAAGGGCAUCGACGUGUGGCAGGCUGCCAUCUUCAAGGUCGGUGACGACUGCCGGCAGGAUGUGCUGGCCUUGCAGGCCGUUGCCAUGCUCAAGAACAUCUGGCAGUCAGUCGGCCUUGACCUGUACCUCAACCCGUACCGUGUCACGGCCACCGGCCCCGGUUGCGGUGUCAUUGACGUGGUGCCCAAUGCCACGAGCCGAGACGAGAUGGGCCGGGCGCAGAUCAACGACCUGAACAGCUUCUUUUUGACAAAGUACGGAAAUGCAGACUCGAUUGCUUACCAGCAGGCCCGCCUGCACUUUGUCAGGUCCAUGGCCGGCUACUCGCUCGCGUGCUACUUGCUCCAGAUCAAGGACCGGCACAACGGAAACAUCAUGAUCGACGGCGACGGCCACAUCAUCCACAUUGACUUUGGCUUCCUCUUUAUGAUUGGACCAGGAGGGAUGAAGUUUGAGCCAAAUUCGUUCAAGCUCUCGCUCGAAUUCGUAGAGGUCAUGGGUGGACCCGACUCGCAAGGAUUCAAGUACUUUUGCGAGCUCGUCGUCAAGGGCUUCCUCGCGCUCAGGCCCUAUGCGCAGGACAUCAUGUCGCUCUGCAGCCUCAUGUACGGCACCGACCUGCCGAGCUUCAAGGGUCCCCAAACGUUUGUCGAGCUCCACGAUCGCUUCAAGCUCGACUUGAACGAGAGGCAGGCGGCCAGCCAUGCGCAGGACCUCGUCAAGGAUGCGUACGGCAACGGACGGAGCGUCUUCUACGACCAGUUCCAGGCCUGGCAGAACGGCAUUCCCUAUGCCAAGUGAUCACUCUUUGAAACACACACGGCCUCUGCUGCUACUACUCUCUAUUUCUCUGUCUUUUGAUGGCACCGUCUGUCUUUCUUUGUGCGGAAAUUACGAUCCUUUGCUCC